AUGCCUGGAGAGUCGUCGGUAGACGCGGGCUCGCGAGCGUUCAAUCUCACUAGCUGUAAAGAAUUUGAGCAAGGUGCUCGCUUCGAUCCUCACGAUGUUAUUGACUCCCUGUGGAGAAUAUUCUACUUUUGGGCGAAGGGUAUGGAAAUUUCUGCAAUAUUGUUCUCGUUGCCGUCCGAUAAGAAAAUCCAAGACUUCAAAGAAAUAGCGGGAACAGUUAAUCCGGAACUGGAAGUUAACUGGAAUAAGUCAGCAUUAGUGAUGGAACCGCGACCUGGCGUACAAGUUUUGUUGACGAGUUGCGGUCACGAUGAAGCUUUCCGGGCGCUCGUCAAGAAAGAACAACAACAUGGAGAACAGCCGCUGCAGAAACCGCAUAUAUAUAUAACAGAGGUCCGUAUGAAGACAGUAAAUCGCUAUUUGGGUAUUAUAAAUUGCGGCGAUGGUACGGCCUUUGCCCUGGCAAGGGUGGAAGAGAUUCCAACAACAGAUGAAGAGUGUAUGAUAGCUGCUACACACUUGGGCCUAAAAGUACUAAGCGGAAAAUCCUAUUUGAUCAUGAAAAACUUAUAUGCUGGAGACGAACUUUAA